AUGGCCACAGAAGCACCAACAUUCACCAAACCCAACCGCCCGCUAGUCUGGCUUAUAACCGGCUGCUCCUCGGGCCUGGGCCUCGCACUGGCACGCGCCGCCCAAUCAAACGGCCACAAAGUACUUGCAACAUCACGACAACCCUCUCGCACCCCGGAGAUAGUAUCGGAGAUAACCCAAAACGGGGGCGAAUGGCACACACUAGACAUUGACAGCCCAACCGCCGCUUCUGAGCUGGUAUCCAAGCUCGAGUCUACACACAAGAUCGACGUGUUGGUCAACAACGCCGGAUACGCGAUCCUCGGGGCAGUGGAACAGUUCUCGGACAAGGAGCUGCGGGCCCAGAUGGAGACUGUGUAUUUUGGACCAAAUCGGCUGAUCAGAGCGAUUGUGCCUGGGAUGAGAGAAAGACGGUUUGGGGUUGUUGUUAAUGUCAGCUCUGGGGCUGGAGUGGAAGGGAGAGAGAGUAUGGGUGCUUAUGCGUCGGCGAAGGCUGCUAUGGAUGGUUUAUGUAAAGCCCUCGCUAAAGAAGUCGCGCCCUUUAACGUCCGUGUCCUGACGGUAUGGCUGGGAGCGUUCAACACGCAGUUCGGGGCUGGUUGUCGUUCCCCCGCUGAGCCUUUACCGGUCGACUAUGUCGGCUCUGUGGUUGCGCAGACGCUGGAUGUUUUACAGACUGGUAAUUUUGUCCCUGAUGGCGAUACGGAUAAGGCUGUGAGGGCGAUGUAUGAAGUCAUCGUUGGUGAGGGCGUGGGUGUUGGACGUGAGAGUGAGUGGUUCUUGCCUUUGGGUCGGGAUAUGAUUCCUCGCCUUGAAUUGGCGCGUGAUCGACUGGUUCAUACACUUGAUGUGUUUGGGGAUAUUGCUAGGAAUGUCUAUGUUGAGAAGGAAUGA